AUGUCCAAAGCAACCCGGAUUCCAAUCCGUACCCAAAAGGCCCCUCUCCCACCGCCAUUCCUCUCCCAGGGCAUCGUCGUCGGCGACAUGGUCUUCUGCUCCGGGCAGGUGGGCGUGAACCCUGCUACAGGCAAAAUGGUUGAGGGCUCAAUCCAAGAAAGAACGAAACAAAUCCUCAACAACCUAGGUGCCGUCCUUGAAGCAGGCGGUUCUAGUCUCCAGGAUGCCGUGAAAAUGAACAUAUUCCUUGCUGAUAUGAAUGACUUUGCCGCUGUCAAUGAAAUUUAUGCUGCUUUUUUCGAGGAUCCGUUACCGGCUCGUACAUGCGUUGCGGUCAAGACAUUGCCAAUGGGGACUGAUGUGGAGAUUGAGUGUGUUGGGGUGGUGAGAGGUGUGCCGAGUCGAGGUUCUCGUCUGUGA